AUGGUUACGAAUCGGACAUCACGUGUCACAGGCGACGAAAUACGAUCACGAAGAAACUCGCACGGUGCGCUUUCCGAUCCGAACGACACGUACAGCAAGGCGCGACCCAAAGUUCGGCCGCUCAACUCGGCUCGACCAGCCCCGAUUCGAGUUGGCGACCUCAAGACAAUCUUCCUCAACGACUCGCCACGCAGAAGACGCUAG